AUGUGCACAAACUUCAAUCUUAAUCCAACGGCUCAAGAAGUGAGAUCUCACUUCAACGAAGUCGAUACGUCGGGAAUGAUUCCACUGUCUAUUACCUUUCAGCCUACAGACAACGAUGUGAUCUGCGCGAGAGGCAAAGAAGUAUACAAUCAUGAAGGCAACCGUCGCUUUCGUGAAUUGGUAAAAAGUAAUCUUCAUACAUACAGCAAAUGUGUGACUAAGAUGCAAAAGACAAGGUUGGUGGCAUCAAUCAUCGAAACCGUCAGGGCAAAGAGCGGCAACGGCGGCUUUGUGAAAUUCAUCAAAGGGAAAUGGUACGAAGUAGGAGACCGCCGUGCUAAAGAGAAAACUGGGCAAACAAUGAGGGAUCUACUCCACACACGCUACACUUCAAGCACCAAAGCAAAAGCACGAGUCCGCCGCCAGCUGAGAGAAGAUCGGGAUCUGAGAAUGCUGUUUCACCCUGUACCACCAAGCAGCCUACCAGUACGUUCCGUGAUAGGCGAUCAGAUGCCUCGACGACAGAUGGAUACCGAGCAGCAGUACUAUCCCUUCAACGAAGCACUCAUGGUGUCUCCGUCGGAAGGACGAUUAGACCCAACUACGGGUACUGAUCAUCCUGUCACCCCAGCAUACAAUUUCUCAAUGGCAGAUAAAAUUUUCGGUCUGGAGGAAGGCAGCAAGAGGUCGACCUUUGACCUGAGUCCGCUGCCACUAGAGGAUUCGAUUGUGGACCUUGACUUUGAUACUAACGUAGCUGACGUUUCAGUAUCAGAUGAGUCAUUUGGUGCAGCCAUGGAUUGCCUCUUUCAGUCCCUCUUGUCUUCAACAGAGAAGUGA